UAAGUUUCACUUGCAAAUUUCAAUCGGUAAAGCAAAUUGAGCUCUGGCUUUUAAGUUGUUUCUUUAUAAUUUUCAACUUUCGAAGAUCGGGAUUGAAAGAUCAACGAAGAGAAAAGCAAGAGCAAGAUCCAUUAAAAUCGAAUAGAGAAAAACAAGAAUGGAAGCGGAGAAAGAGAGCGUGUUGGUUCGGCGAUGCAUAGAAGCAGCUUGCCGAAACAGAGAGAGCGUGGAGAAAUGGCGGAGACAAAGAAGAACCCUGGAGCGAUUGCCUUCUCAUCUUUCUCAAUCUCUCCUCCAAAACCUCCUCCAUCGCCGUCUCCUCUUCCCUUCCUUACUCGAAGUAUUCAAAUAUAGUGUGGAGGAGAUAGAUCUUAGAGGAGAGAAUUGUGUAGAUGCAGAAUGGAUGGCUUAUAUAGGCGCGUUUCGUUAUCUACGAUCCCUCAAUCUCGCUGAUUGUCAUAGAAUUAAUGAUUCUGCUAUUUGGUCCAUAGUAGGGAUGACUAGUCUGAAGGAGGUGGACCUUUCACGAUGCAUGAAGGUUAGUGAUGCUGGCGUUAGGCAUCUUGUAUCCAUUUCAAAUUUGGAAAAGUUAUGGGUUUCAGAAACUGGCAUUACUGCGAAUGGUGUUGCGCUGCUCUCUUCACUUAAGAAUUUGUCUGUACUAGACUUGGGUGGUUUGCCUGUCACUGAUACUACUUUGAAUUCUCUCCAGGUAUUGACAAAGCUACAAUACCUUGAUCUUUGGGGGAGUAAAAUAUCUAACAAAGGGGCUUUGGUUCUUCAAAGGUUCCCCAAGCUGAGUUUCCUCAAUCUAGCUUGGACCAAGGUUACAAGCUUUCCAAAUCUGUCAUCUCUUGAAUGUUUAAACAUGAGUAAUUGUACCAUUAAUUCUAUCCUUCAAGGCAAUGGUAAUAAAGUUGCUUUAGUGAAGCUUAUUUUUGCUGGAGCUACUUUCAUGAAUGAGGCAGAGGCCUUUUUAUAUAUCGAAACAAGUUUCUUAACCUUUUUGGAUGUAUCCUACUCUUCCCUUAACCAGUUCUGCUUUUUAGCUGAUAUGAAAAUGCUCGAACAUUUGGAUCUCAACUCUAGCAUCAUUGGGGAUGAUUCAGUUGAACUGAUUGUACGAAUCGGAGCAAGUCUGAAAAGUCUAAAUCUAAGCAGCACAAAAGUCAGCUCUGCUGGGAUAGGGAUUUUAGCUGGACAUGUUCCCAAACUCGAAAUUUUAUGUUUAUCGCACACAUCAAUAGAUGAUGUUGCCUUAUCUUAUAUCAGCUUGAUGCCUUCACUUAAAGUUAUUGACCUAAGCGACACAAAAGUUAAAGGUUUUAUUCACCGGCCAGGCACUGAGUCACAUAUGGAUGGCACACUAACAGCACUUCAAAAUCUUAGUUAUUUGGAGAGCUUAAACUUGGAGAAUACACAAGUUAGGGAUCAAGAUUUGUACCCUUUAUCAAGUUGCAAAGAACUGAGCCAUUUAUCUCUCAAAUGUGCUUCCCUUACUGAUGCUACCUUGCAUCACCUUUCAUCUCUCCCAAAGCUGACAAACCUUCAUGUCUGCGAAGCUGUGUUAACAAAUAGCGGCCUGGACACCUUUAGCCCAUCAACAACACUGAGAGUACUGGACCUGAUGGGUUGUUGGCUCUUAACUGAAGAUGCUAUCUCAUUGUUCUUAAGGAAACAUCCUCAAGUUGAAAUACGGCACGAAGUUGUUCGCAACCUUCCAACACAGCAGCAAAAUAUUUCUAAUCGCCCAUCCCCAUCACAACAAUCUUGGAAGACUUAUCAAGGGAAAAAAAAGCAGGGAAAAGUGGCGAUCCCUCAGUUUUUUGUAGAUCAAAGAUUGAAAUAUAGCAGAGAGGAGCUACUUGCACUACAGUCUUUACCUUUAUCUCUUAAAUCUCCCCAUAAUACAGGUAGUGUAGCAUCCAAUCUACAAUCAGAUCAAAUGGAUUAAUUCCUGUAUCCUUGUCUCUGCAAUUGUAUGGUUAAGUGUUCUUUUUUCCUCUUCCGUUUUAGUAACUUCAAUUUUGAUUAAACCAUUUUAAUCAAGAAGAAAUUGAGGCAUUUGGCUGAUUAAAGCCAGAAUCAAACGAAAAAGACUUGCAAUUGUGUUGCCAUCUUGACUUCUUUGAUUAGACGUUUUUUUUUCGCUUCUCAAUCACAACCCACCCUUUUGUCCUUCUCUCCUGUCCGAUUUUUAAGAGAAUGCCAGGUUAGGAGUUUCAAAUAUGUAGAUCUUAAAAAUUGCGCGCGGAAGGAUUGCAAAAAAAGCAGUCUCAUUAAAGCGUAAAUUAAGCAAAAAAAUAAUGAGAGAAAAUGUAAUAAUCUCACUUAAAUGGG